AUGAUGAUACGACUGCGAAAUACUUUACCCAUAAGAAAUGCGAUCAGCAGUUGUCACAAGCACUCAACUACUCAACUACUGCUUCUGUUAGGAUCAUCUGCUGGCAAAUGGUAUGGUAGUGAAGAGCUGAAUCACAUCCUACGACUACGGAAUUCACCAAUAUUAGCUAGACCAUCUGUGAUAAACACGAAGUGCAGCAGCAAAAUCAGCACUCGACUGUAUUCCACGCUCAAUCAUACGAAAGCACCAACCAAGGAGUUUUUGGGAAGCUUUUUAGACCAUGAAUAUAAGAAAGCAAAUGCCUUGAUUUUCGAUGAAGAAUUGAGAAAUAAAUUCUUAACUGGCCUCAGUGAUUUGGCUGUAGACGAAAUUCCUCGAGCAAAAACAGAUUUUUACAAGAUAGUGGAGGCAACCUUUGAGUUCCAGGAUAAAGGAUUCGAGUUCAUCGGGCUAUUUUGGAAAGCAUUGAGUCUAACUGAAAAUUCGGCUCUACUUGAUUUACAAAAGGAGAUAUUAGGGCAAAGGGAGAAGUUGUUGCUGUUGAUAUUGCAUACAGGUAGGUUUGACAUUUUUGAAAAAUUCAUUCUUCCAUCAAUGGAAAAGUUCGUUCCGCAUCACGGAUACACAUUUUUAGAUAAGGUGACAAUGACCUUGGAGCUACAGAAAACUCCAAUCGGUUUAGUUGAAUUCAACGCGCAAAAGUUGAUGUCUGAAUUGACCGACGAGGCUACUCCUACAAGUGAAAAGAGAGACUUUGUGAUUGCUCUUGUUGUGAAUUCCUUGGCAGCAGGUGAUAAUUACGAAUCUAGAAUGAGGGCUAUUGAAAGUUUUGUCAAGUACGCAAAAGUUGUUGAAGACGAUGAGUGGCUUACCGUCGAAGGUCCAUCCGAGUAUGAUACUCUAUAUCAAAUGAUUGGUAUUCCAUCUAGUGAAGAUAAAUUUGAUUACUACUUUCAAGACAUCAUCAAGAUCGUUGAAAAGUACCAUGGGGUGUCGGUUUCCUAUGACUUUUUGACCCAUCUUAUGAGGACCCUUUCAGAAAGAGCACCAUUUGUGACGUAUCGACUAUUUGAAUUCAAGUCAGCACAGUGGAGACAAAGAAACCUUCCCAGGAGGGAUAUUUUGAACCACUUGGAUCUCGCAUAUGCUAUGAAGGCUUGUUUGAAGCUUGAUGAGAACAAAGUAUAUGAGAUCUAUUUGCAAAAUGAAGAUCUUCAUGAUGAUGAAUCUCAGGAAGCCAUUUUUCUUGAUCUUUGCGUUCAGCACAAGGAUUGGAAAUCAUUGCAAGACAGGUUUGAGAACAUGUAUGGGAAGGGAAACUUACCGGAUACUAUUCACUAUGGUAUCACAAUGCAAGCAUUGGAAUUUCUUGAGGCUGACAGCGAGUUGGAAAGAUUAUAUGAACAAAUCUUGGACAGAAAGUUAAUUAUGAAUGCAGCUAUUUUUAUAGCCAGGAUGAAAGCCAAGAUUAGGCAAAAAAAUCAAAAAGACUUGAUUGCCAUAUUCGAAAAUUAUGUGUCCUUGGUAACUCAAGAAAAGGCAAGGAAAGAUGGUGUAGCGCAGGCUUUUCCCUAUAGUUUGCAAUUGAUGUUACUAGAUGGAGCAUAUGAGUUGGUGUUGGAAACACUUGAGACACACCUUCAAAAAGAAAAGACGUUAGAACUUCGCAUUGUAUCAGGUGAAGCUUUAGGAAUUGUUGCCCGUCACUUUUCCCGGAACUGCGCUGUGAAGGACCUCGACAGACUUGCUGAAUUGGCACGCAAGUUUCAUAAACAUGAUUCUGUCUUUACUUCUAGCUUGAUUGCCGCAUACACCCGAUUGGGACAAUACUCCAAAGCCGAUGAGAUAGCAUAUUAUGCUCACAGCCAAUCCAGCCCACCAUUCUCUGAUUUGCAGGUGUACGCAUCUCAGUUGAAGAAUUACUUACUCUGGCGGCGUGGCCACAUUUCAAGAAAAACUAAACUAUACAACGACAUCAAGAUUAAUUACAUUGUCACGCUAUCCUUGCAAACUGAGCUUUCUAUAUUCCAGUCUCACACUGGGGGUAUAGACCUUUUGAACGCUGUAAUGGAUUGUUUACGACAAGAUGCAAUUGACUAUUCACAGGCGAAUUCGCUAAGGCAACUUAAAGGUAGGCCUAUAAAGACGAUAAACAGUCUUUUAAAGAGUCAAAUUGCUCAUCGUAUGCGACUAGAUGAAACAUUGUAUUUACCACUAUUGAAACAAAACUUGGUUUAUCAAAAUUAUAAACCAUUGAAUGUUAUGAAGCUCUUCAAUGAAAUGAAUCAAAAGAGGAUUUUGGUAAGCGCUGAGUCGUACAAAUAUGUAAUGAAAGCGAUGCGGUCCUUGGACAAAAGGUACGAUCGAAGCUAUAAGAACAGUACAGAAAUGUUGAAACAGAUGCUUCAGUUGUAUGGGUUUGAUGGUGAGAAGCCCAAGUCAAACCCAAGACUUGACUUCAAAAAAGAUAGUGUGUUAAUCUGCGACAUUUUGAUAAAGUAUGUGGAAUCCGUUGGGCUAAAGAAGGGAAGCGACUUGUUUUCCCGAUUCGUUAUGUUUUGUGAAACGUCUUUUGAUGGGAAAUUGCCACUUGAUUUGAGAGCCAAGAUUGAUCGGUUUUUGGCCAUUUGUUACAAGAGAGUCAACAGCACUGAAUAUGGCAUGUUUUUGGAGCAAAAGUUUGAAGUUUAUAGGAGCAUGUUCCUUACCUGCAUUCAAGAGACGGGAAGAGAUGUUUGCGUUGCUCCUAUACUUAACGAAACAUUGGCUGAUUUCACUAUACAACGCAUGGAGUACCUUAUUCAAGUAAAUGAAUUCGGAAUUGAUCAUCAAAAGGAGAUAAUUGAUGUACUUGAGAUGGGAGUACAACCAAAUGUGUUUGAUUACAACUACUUACUAUCCUACUUUUUAAAGCAAGCACCGACUGUACAUUUCGUCAACAUUAUGCAAAUCAUUGAAGAUUAUUUGAUUAUGGGUAACUUAUCACAACUUGAAUUGUACAAACAGAAGAAACUAUGUUAUAAAAUUUGCAUGGUACAUUUGUGUGAUGUUUAUGACGAACAAGCAGUUGCUGAAAAUUUCAAAAUUCUCUCGGACUAUUUUGGUAUAAAGUCGUUGGAUAAGGAUAGAGCUCAUUUGAAAGAGCUCAACUAUUUGAGAAGUUCUUCAGGAAGGUUGUUUAACAUAAACUUAGAUCCAUACGGCUCUCGUUCCAUGAACCAAUUUAACUUCAUCGACUACUUCAAUCCUGCUCGUGAUGUUAGCAACGAACCAAGACUUUUCAAUGAAACAUCAAGGCUACUAAUGAGGGUGGUUUCAGAAUACUGCAACAACAUUAGACAAAACGAGGUGUCAUUCGCUCAGCAAUAUCCGAAAAUAUUCGCUUACAUCAAUUCCGAUCUUAGUUAUUACCCCAACUUGAGUGCUUUUAACGGUAAAGUCGAUUACUUGAAUUCAUCACAGGACACUAGAUUGCGAAGAACAAAGGAUGUUUUAAGAGAAUUACUAUUCAACCAUAAUAAAGCCAAAAUAUUCAUACCAAGCACGGUUAGUAACCUAGAGGACAAUUAA